CUCAGCCUCUUUGAUCCCAGUGUGUCCCUGCCCUUUGAACGCUGCAACUGAGGGCUGGCACACUGGCCUGGUUGGGCUCCUCAAUAGGCGGCAUGCUGCGGCUGCUGAGGUCCAGCUGGGCCCAGGGCGCGGGGUCUGGGGUGGCCACUUGGCGUCCCUCAGCGGGGCUCUUUCGUCCUGGGUGCCCCGGGAUCUGCCAGGCUUCAGGUGCCUCAGAUACCCCACACCACCAGUCCCCCAGCUCUGAGUCACCGGGACAGCCGGUGGGGGUGGGCGUCUGUUCCAUGAUGCGCCUGCCCCUGCAGUCCUCCCCGGAGGGGUUGGACGCUGCUUUCAUCGGUGUGCCUCUGGAUACUGGGACUUCCAACCGGCCCGGGGCAAGAUUUGGACCCCAUCGCAUCCGGGAGGAGUCACUGAUGCUGGGGGCUGUCAACCCCAGCACGGGAGCCCUCCCCUUCCAGUCCCUCAGGGUUGCAGACCUAGGCAAUGUGAACGUCAAUCUCUACAACCUCCAGGACAGCUGCCGGCUGAUUCGAGAGGCCUAUCAGAAUGUCCUCGCUGCGGGCUGCAUUCCUCUGACUUUGGGUGGAGACCAAACAAUCACAUAUCCUAUACUGCAAGCCGUGGCAAAGGAGCAUGGCCCGGUGGGUUUAGUGCAUGUGGGUGCCCACACCAACACCACGGACAAACCUCGGGAGGAGAAGGUCUACCAUCGGACACCUUUCCGCCGAAGUGUGGAUGAGGGACUGCUGGACAGCAAACGAGUGGUACAGAUAGGCAUCCGGGGCUCCUCCAGGACUCUGGAUCCCUACAGAUACAGUAGGAGCCAGGUGACAGACGCACACCUCUCUCUAUCCCACAGAGUGUCUUCUGCAUGGUCAAAGAGGGAGUCAACAGGGGCUUUACUGAAGUUCAGAGAGAUGGAAACUUCUUUGCCAGCACCGCCUAGGUCAAGGAUGGGUAUCUGGGCCUCUAUUUUCACUGGAAAUGACUGCCACAUUUACCUUGGACAGGCUCUGGAGAUCAUCCGGGGCUGCCAAGGCCUGAAUGUGGUGGGCUGCGAUCUCGUGGAAGUCUCCCCGCCGUAUGAUCUCUCUGGCAACACAGCCCUCCUAGCAGCUAACCUACUGUUUGAGAUGCUGUGUGCUCUCCCCAAAGUGACAACUGUCUGAGUCGUGUUCCUGAAGACAAAACAGACUGUGUCAUGACAAAGCCUCAAGGACUUGUGAGCCAGCAGUGCAAGGACCAAAGAAAGCUUUCUGUGAAAUGUCACCACUGGCUGCAAACAAGGACAACUGGGACACUAACCCAAACAGCUCGUGUCUCCUUCCUUCCCUCCUAACAUUAAAGCAUUUAUUUAAUUUUUA